AUGACACGAAACCUUCGAAUUGCCGUGUUGGAGUGUGAUACACCUUUUCCUUCCGUCCUUGAAAAGCGUGGACCGUAUGGAGAUGUCUUCCGUACUCUCCUCGAUAAGGGACUCAAGCAUGAGACAUUGGGCGAUAAGGUGAAGGACGUGAACUAUGAGAUUAGUAGAUGGGAUGUCGUCACAGCUCAGGAGUAUCCAGAAAUCGAAGAAGUUGAUGGCUUCUUGUUGACGGGAAGCAAACAUACAUCCUUCGCCGAUGAGCCUUGGAUUCUAAAGCUCGUUGAGUUUGUCCAAAAGAUUUACACAGCUACGGAUAAACCCAUCGUGGGUAUCUGUUUUGGUCAUCAGAUUAUCGCCCGAGCACUAGGCGCAAAGGUCGCUGUCAGCCCAGGCGGUUGGGAAGUCUGCGUUGACAGAAUCAAUCUCAACGAGACUGGUCAAAAACUCUUAGGAGUCGAAUCGCUCGGCCUUCAUCAGAUGCACAGAGACGCAGUCCUCGAGAUCCCAGAAGGUCUCGUCAGUCUGGGCAGCAGCUCCAAGUGUGAGGUACAAGGACUCUACAAGCCUGGUCGUAUCAUGUCAUUCCAGGCCCAUCCCGAGUUUGACGACUUUAUCAUGGAGGAGAUCAUGAAGGCAAGAUAUGAGCAGAAGAUCUUUUCUCAGGAGAUGUAUGAGGAGGGUAUUACGAGGGCGAGGGCGGCGCAUGAUGGAGUUUUGGUGUCGGCCAAGAUUUGGGAGUUUCUACUUGGCAAUUAA